CAACGUCAGUUAUGUCAAAAACGAUUUACGAGUGACGCAUCGCGGGGUAUCGCCCUAUUUAUUGGCAAAAUAAAUCGAAAUAAUACAAGCUGUCGUAUUAUUAUUGAUUAAAACACAAUAAUAAGUAUUUCGUCUAUCGAAAUCAGUCAGUAUUCUUGUACUUUGGAAUGUUCUUGGAUUGUUAGAAAGAGGUGAAACUGCGUUAGCGUUGAAUUGCGAAAAAACCGGCUUAAGAAGAUGUGGAAAGCAUCAACAGACGUGGUUCCACCAGCUCUUGCUGAAGCUGAUGACUGGGAGACAGACCCGGACUUUGUGAAUGAUGUCACAGAACAUGAGCAGAGAUGGGGACCUGGUGGACGGAACGUGGAGGCUAUUGACAUGGCAAAACUAAGAGAGGAAGUUUUAGAAGCAGAUUCACAGUCUAAGAAGAAGCAGUAUGAAGCUGGACCCAAACCGUCUUUUGGUUAUGGCGGCAAAUUCGGCGUGCAACAAGACCGCAUGGACAAGUCGGCUGUCGGUCACGACUACAUUGGCAAAACUGAGAAACAUGUCUCACAGAAGGAUUAUGCUCAAGGUUUCGGCGGUAAAUACGGAGUCCAAGCGGACCGUAUGGACAAAUCAGCCGUUGGUCACGACUAUGUAGCCCAAGUAGAGAAGCACGUGUCGCAGACCGACUACGCGCAGGGCUUCGGCGGCAAGUACGGCGUGCAGACCGACAGGGUCGACAAGAGCGCAGCAGGCUGGGAGCACAAGGAGACGGUAGAGAAGCACUCUUCUCAGAAGGACUACUCGCAGGGAUUCGGCGGCAAGUUCGGCGUGCAGGCCGACCGCAAGGACGCCUCCGCCCUCGGCUGGGACCACCGGGAGGAUGCUCAGCAUCACGCCUCGCAGACAGACUACGCGUUGGGUUUCGGCGGCAAGUUCGGCGUGCAGACGGACCGGCAGGACGCGUCGGCAGUGGGGUGGGACCAUCAGGAGAAGACGCAGGCACAUGCUAGCCAGGUCGAUCAUAAGAAGGGUUUCGGCGGUAAAUUCGGCGUGGAAACAGACAGAGUGGACAAGUCAGCUCACCGCUUCGACGAGGUGGAGAAGGUGGGCACUAACUACACCAAGCACAAGCCCGACAUCGGCGGCGCCAAGCCUUCCUCGCUGCGGGCCAAGUUUGAGAACAUGGCUAAGGAGAAAGAACAAGAAGCGUUACAAUCCGUGCAAAGGAUAAGACAACAGAGAGAGGCUAUCGACAAAGACUUAUCACAAAAGGAAAAGGUCCGAGUAGACAAAGAGCAAGCGGACGUUCCUCCCCCGGAGAGUGAACCUGCACCUCCCGCCAAGCUGCCCGGGAAACUCGCUAAUAAAAUGCCCGUGCUACCAACUGCUGAGCCAACCGAGCAAACUGUUGCUUCUCCUAUUAUGCAGAAGGUAAUGCCGGAUAUGCCGUCGCCGGUCGCGGCAGCCCCUGCGCCCGCGCCGGCCGAGGUACCGGAGAUGACGUCAUCUCUAGACAAACAAGCUAACCUGCCCGAUGUCACUCUAGUUGGUGAACCGAAAGAGGAGAAGGAGGAGCUAACCCGUCAGCCGACAAUAGUAGUGUCCCCGGUAGGCUGGGAGGGCGAGGCGCCGGGCGGCGACGAGGACGAGGACGGCUACACGGCGCGGGCGCUGUACGACUACCAGGCCGCCGCCCCGGACGAGAUCUCCUUCGACCCGGACGAUAUCAUCACUAAUAUUGUCAUGAUCGACGAAGGCUGGUGGCAAGGAUUAUGCAAAGGCGCUUACGGCCUUUUCCCAGCAAACUACGUGCAAUUGCAAGAUAAGUAGGACAUUCCCAAAAUAACAUUAAUUUUAACAUUUAUUCGUAUAAAGAGAUCAUGUUGUCUGUACAUUGGAUUUGGUUAAUAUUCGUGAGGCUUUGAAGAUAUAUUUUUUUGUGACGCAUCGAAAAUUGUUUAGCUUUUUAUGGGAUUUGUGUAUAAUUUUCGCUUAAAUUGACAUUUAUUUUAUACUAGCACGUAUUUCAUAAAGCUAUGCCAUAAGUAUUUGUCUCAACGCGAGAAUCGAACUAGCAAUUACUAACUCGAAACCCGAAACUCGGGAUAUCGCUAUUAUAAUUAUUACUUUUGACGUUAAAAAAUAUUUCGGUACCUUGAACAAACGCUAGUUGAAAAAAUAUAGAUGUAUAAUAUUAAUUAAAUAAUUUAAGCUAGAUAUUAUUGUUAUAAAAGACUUUAAUUUUGAUAAAUGAGUAAUUUUGAUAUAAUUAUAAUGUUAACUGAUAAUAUUGACAGUUUAAAUUGAAAUUGACGAAUGAAAACUAACAUAAGAUUUUAUUCUAUAACAUAACCGUUUAAAAGUAAAUAAUUAACACCAAAAAUUAAUAAGCUGUCAAUAUUAUUUCAAUUUGCAAAAAAAUAUGUUGGUCAUUUUAGAGUUGCAUAUUUGCGCUAAAACUUUGCGCAUUUGCGCUUAGAUUUUGCGCACUUGCGCUUAGAUUUUGCGCAUCUGCUCUACGCAAUAGAACGUUGCUAAUAACUCCUCAAUGAACAACAUAUUUUUGCGCAAAAAUAAUUGAAAUAAUAAAGAGAUAAGCGCACUAACAAAUCUUUAAUUUCAUACCGAAAAUACCUUUAAAAGUAUUAGUAUAUUUGACAUACAAACAUGUAAAAAGUAAAAGUUUUAUAGUGUGCUUACUCAUAUAGAUAUAAACUUUUAAACUCGAUAAAGUACUUAUGAGACGAAAACGCGAGAAACCUCAAUAUUUCGACAUAAGGUGAAUUUGAAUUAUUUAGCUAUUGCCUAACUUGGGCUGUUCGUAAGAGGUAGGAAUAUAGCAUUUUGGGACUUAUGACUUGGAUAUAAGGUUCAAAUUAGAUUGGCAUCGUAAAAUUAAUCUUUAGGCGUAAUUUACGAGGUGAAUUCCAAAAUGAUCCAGUUUAAUUAAAUGAGCAAAUAUCGUAAUAGUGAGCUAACAAUAUCUAUAACAAUAAUUUAAGGAGGUACAUUUUGUGUACCUCUUAGAUUAAAAAAAAAAUCUUUUACUAAAACUACCAAGACAUUACGAUAAUGAUUACUUAAGUCACUCUUUACACCUAAGGAAUGGAUUAAGUAACCAUUAAAUGCCUCUGAGUGUGUCUAACAAGUCACAUAAUUUGUGUAGUUUUCAUAUGCUAUAUUUUAUCCUGCUACGGGAAGUAGUUCACGGAAUACUGCUUGAUGUUGAUCGCUAAAUAAAUAAAAUAAGGAAGGUUCACAUCGUAAAUUAUGCUAUAUUUAAAAUAGGUGAAGCAAGUAGAUCGCGUAUUAGAUGUCAAUAGCUUAAGAUAUGUAUCGUCUUCCAAUACCUACCUCUUAACAAUUUUGUUUGUAGCACCUCAAAUAUUCUUACUGCACGCUUUAAUAUAAAAUUUGACUAAAAUGCAUUUAAUUUGAAAAACAAACUUUUAGGUUGGAUUGCACCAUUUUAACUAUACCUGUUACAGCCUUUUUAUCGUCCCACCGCUGGGCACAGGCCUCCUCUCACACGGAGAAGGAUUUAGCAUUAAUCACCACGCUUGCUCAAUGCGGGUUGGUGAUUUUAACUAUAACCAAACCAUAACCAAACCAUAACUAGUGAUGUUGCCGAUUUGACCAAUAGGUGACAAUUUCACGGCUGGUUAUGGUUUGGUUAUCGCUAUAGUUAAAUGGAGCAACCCAUCCUUUUAGUUUAACGCUAGCUUAUAAUUGUAAAUGUUGUCUUGAAGUAUUUUAUUCCUUUUAAUCUAAAUUGACACCGAAGAGAUGUAUUUGUUUAUUUGUAGAAAUCUAUAAUUCUGCAAAUAUUAAAUUAGCGCUUUAACAUGUUUUUAUUACAUAACACGCCUCGAGAAAAAUCUAUUAUGUAAUAAAUAGCACUAUAUUUUUGUUAUUUCAACGAGUUGUAUGCCAAAUUAUUAUUUAAUAUGUUUCAAUUCGUAACCUAUUAAAUGUAGAAUGUAUUUUAAAUUCUAAUCUAUCAUUGAUUUACAUAAGAGCUGCCGCAGAUAUGACGGAACGCAUUGAAAAGCAAUUUUUACUGGCAAACUUUCGAUAGUAUUUAAGGUCACAAUUUAUUAGUCGUUACAACAUGUCUUCUUCUUGUCGUAACCCUUUUUUCCACUCAUACAGUUAGGAAGACAUAAAGUUUGACAAUUAGCUUUACCAAGGGGUAUUAGGUUGCCUUGCCAACUGGGUUUAGGCGGCCAGAUAGACAGUCGCUACUUGUAAAACAUUAGAGCUCAGCUCCAUUCGGUUAGAAUGGAAGCCGACCCCAACAUAAUUGGGAAAAGGCUAGACAAAUGAUAAAAAUUGCUCUUCGCUGUGUUUCGCUAUAUGUGCGGCGGUCAUAGCUAUCAUAUAAAUUAUCCCUUGAAAUAUCAAAAUGUUUUAAUUUUUAAUAAAUAUUCCAUAUCUUAUAGAUGAGACUAUCAGGCUUUAGAUCUAGAUACAUAGUUAUAACGUAGUCUCAAAAUUAAUCAUAUUUCAUUAAGUUGUAAGAUUUAUUUUAAUAUGACGUUCAUUUUGAGAAAGUAUUUUUAAUUCAAUGAUUUUUUUUUAUCUCUUGUCAUUAAAGUUAAUUUAUCUGGUAAUUUUAAAAUGUAUUUUUUUAUUCCAAAAAGUAUUUCUUGCAAUUCAUUUGUAUUUAAAAAAAUCUUUCCCAACUAAAAUAAUGAUGUUAUUUGUGAAUGAUUUUUACAAAUGUUGACAUUAGAAUAGCUUAGACUGUACCACAUGUUCACAAAUACAGAAUUAGCUAUAACAUAGAUAUGGCAACAAGAUUUGCUUCCAAAAUAUAUGUAUUAAACAUAAUGAAAUUAAAUAGUAAGGUAUCACCAACGAAUUUCAUAAUUAUUUCAUUAUAAUAGAAAUCGAUAAAAUAAGCUGCCAUCUCUAAUUCAGUCUAAAAAAUAUCGAUAAAACUGUACCUCGAUAAAUGUAUCAAUCAUUUUAAUCGUAUUUGUGACAUGUGGAAUAGUCGAAAUAGUUUAUAAGUAGUAAGUAUGGGUAUCUAAUGCCGAACUAUGUUUUAUAUAAAACAAUUUAUUGUUUAAAGAUGAAUAAAAUAAUAUUUUAUAGCUA